AUGCUGGGAGUCACUGCUGUCUGUUAUUUUGUGAAAGUGCUGAUCUAUCUGAUACUCGUGUAUGUGGGACCCUGCGGAUGUAGGAAUCAGCCAAUCAACCCUGCCUGUCACCUACAGACCAUUAAUGUAGUGAAGGAAUAUGAAUAUAUGCAGGAAGGAGAUAUCAUUAUCGGAGGGGUGAUGGCUUCACAUUUCUAUAUGUUUAAUUUUACAUUUCCAUGGGACAAUUCCACUGGCUUCUCAUGUAUUUGUCCGAAUGAACAGGCUUACCGCUACUUGGUGGAUUUUCGCUUUGCCAUUGAGCAGAUUAAUAAGGAUCCGGCCCGGUUACCCAACCUGACCCUGGGGUACCAUAUAUCCGAUUCCUGUGGGGACCCCCGGAAGGCUGUGAGGAGUGUAUUACAGAUAUUAUCUGGUACCAGGGAGCCGGUUCCCAAUUACUCCUGUGUGGGAAAGAGAAACAUUGCUGGGUUUAUUGGGGAUCUCACCUCAGAGACAACUGUACCCAUAGCCCAAAUACUGACUCUCUAUGGAUAUUCCCAGAUCAGUUACGGAGCGACAGACCCAUCGCUCAGAGACAGAGCCGCCUUCCCGUACUUUUUCCGCACAGUACAAAGUGAUGAAGCCAAUUAUUUUGCUAUAAGUAAAUUACUGAGCCAUUUUGGCUGGACCUGGGUUGGAAUAAUUACAUCUGAUGAUAUGAGUGGGGAGGAAGAGGUUCACAGUUUGGCCAAAUAUCUCUCCAGGGAAGGCGUCUGCAUUGAGUUUACAAUAAAAACCAAUACAGUAAAUGAUAACUAUAUAAAGCAAUAUGAAAGCACAAUUUAUAGAACCUCUACCAGUGUCAUUAUAAUUAGUGGAACAGCUUCUAUUACAUUUGUUGUAGCAUUAACUAAUGUUAUCAGCGAAAAGACUUUAAUUCUUUCAUCUAAUUGGGGAAAUAAUGAUAUUGUCCUUGGAUACAAUAUAAUAAUAUUUAAUAACAGUUUGGUGUUUGUGCCACGUUACCAUUAUGAUCUCGGGACUCCUGAAAUGAGCAGAUUUUUAGAAAAUUUACAUCCAUCAAAAUUCCCUGAUGACAAGUUAAUUGACGAUAUCUUCCUAUUGUUCCAUUUGUGUUUGUCAAAAGACCAAAAUAAGAAUAUUUUGUAUAAAUAUACUUCCCUGCGUACUCUCCGAAACUGCACUGGGCAGGAGCGUAUUACAGACCUUUACUAUUUCAGGGGUGAAACCAAUUCUCCCCUAGUGCAUCUGGCAGUUGAUAUAAUGUCUCAGGCACUUCAUGAUAUGAACAUGUUGUUAAUCAGGAAAUCCAAUCAGCAUCCCUAUAAGUACCAGUUGCACCAUUUUUUAAAAAACCAUCAAUACAGCCCCCAAACUGGACCAACCUUCUCGUUUGAUGAACAUGGGGAGUACAUGUCUGGGUUAUGGAUCUAUAACUAUGUUUUCAUGCCUAAUCGUUACCUAAAGAGAAAUCUCUUUGGUGAAUUCUCCCCCAGGGCCCCCCCAGAUCAGCAGCUGAACAUCACACCAUCAGUAAUACAAUGGAAGACAAGUAACAAUAAAAUCCCAAGAGCUCAAUGUUCAGACAACUGUCUCCCCGGCUACAGGAAGGCACCAAAGCCCGGAGCCCAGUCCUGCUGUUAUCUCUGUGUCCUGUGUUCUGAGGGAGAGAUCUCCAACACAACUGACAGUGUGAGCUGUAUCCCAUGCCCAGAUAUGGAAUGGCCCAAUGAGAACAAGACUCAAUGUUUUGCCAGGAUGGAAGAAUUUCUUUCAUACAGUGUUGAUGUUAUUUCUGUGUUUUUCUCAUUCAUCUCACUUCUAUUUUUUCUUAUAACUGAAGUCAUACUGGGAAUUUUCCUUAAUUACCGGGACACCCCCAUAGUGAGAGCCAACAACCGGAGCCUGAGCUUCCUCCUCCUUGUCUCCAUCAAGCUGAGCUUCCUCAGUGUGUUUCUGUUCCUCGGUCGCCCUGUGGAUAUAACCUGCAUGCUGCGCAUCAUCACUUUUGGAAUCACCUUCUCCAUAGCUGUCUCUUCUCUCCUGGCCAAGACUAUCAUGGUUUGUGUUGCUUUCAAAGCCACCAAGCCAGGGAGCUCAUGGAGAAAAUGGCUGGGAGUCAAACUGUCCAAUUCUGUAGUCUUGUUCUGCUCAUCCAUUCAAAUAAUCAUCUGCAUGACUUGGUUGGCCAUUUCUCCUCCCUUUCAGGAACUGGACAUUCACACUUCCCCUGGAACCAUCAUCAUUCAGUGCAAUGAGGGCUCAGCUAUUGGCUUUUACUCAGUUAUUGGGUAUAUGGGGCUUCUGGCAGCUGUUAGUUUUGUUUUAGCAUUUUUAGCUCGGAGCUUACCGGACAGUUUUAAUGAGGCCAAGUACAUCACUUUCAGCAUGCUGCUCUUCUGCAGUGUUUGGAUCACAAUGAUCCCGGCCUAUCUGAGCACCAAAGGCAAAAACACUGUGUGUGUGGAGAUAUUUGCCAUACUCACCUCAAGCGCGGGGCUUUUAGCCUGUAUAUUUCUGCCCAAAUGUUAUAUUAUUUUAUUCAGACCUGAAAUUAAUACAAAAUCCCAUUUACUUGAGAACAAAUAUUGA